CCACCUUAUGAACACAGAUCCUGCUCCUUCCAUUGUUUCACGUCUUUAAAGCUUGAUCUCGUUGAUCUAUCUCUCUCUCUCUUGACGAUGAUGCUUCAUCUAUGACCAGAAUUGCUGAGGAGUACUGUAGAAGGUUUCUCUUUGGAUACACAAAGUAGAGGGAGAGAGAAGGAACAGUUGAUGGAGGGACGACAAAAAGCGGCCAGCCAUGGCGCGGAGAUACCCCAACCAUUUCCUUAAAAUACCCACCCUUUUCUGCUCUCCAACCAGGCUUUGCCGCCACUUCUCUCACUCACAAUACUAGGUGGACAGUAGGGAGAAAGAGAGGAGACACCGGAGAGGGCGUUUUGAGGGGUGGGGAUGAGGGGAAGUGCCUCCCUCCCUCUUUUCCUCUUCCCUUUUUCUCCUCACUCGCUCACUGUUCGCUGCGGUGUUUUGAGGUAAGAAAGGAGUGGAAGAAGAGAGCUAAAGAUGGCUCUUUUGUCUCUUUUGGAUCCUCUGUGUUGCCAGGAAGAGAGCUUGGAACUGGAAGAAGAACGAAAGAGGCCAAUGCUGGCGCUUCUGGAAGAGCCGGAGGCGGUGGUAGAGGAGGAAUGGGCGGAGGUGCUCUGCUCUCUGAUGGCCAAAGACGAGGAGACCCGCCCUGAGCUGCUGCCUGGCGACGGUGGUGAUGACGCGUACCUCCUGUCGUUGAGGAGGGAGGUGGUGGAGUGGGUGGUGCACGCCGCCGCGAGCCACGAUUUCUCUGUCGUCACCACGUUUCUCGCCGUCAACUACCUCGACCGGUGCUUCCUUCCUCAUGCCGCUGCAGGAGGCCUCCGGCUGCAGAGGGACAAGGUGUGGAUGGGGCGCCUGGCGGCGGUGGCCGCCCUGUCCCUGGCGGCGAAGGUGGAGGAGACGCGGGUUCCCCUUCUCCUCGACCUUCAGGUCGCGACGCCACCGGGAACGGAGGAGAACAGGUACGUGUUCGAGGCCAAGACCAUCCGGCGGAUGGAGCUCCUGCUGCUCUCGGCGCUCAGCUGGAAGAUGAAUUCCGUCACUCCACUCGCUUUUAUCCACCAUCUCCUUCCUCGACUCUGUUCUAUCUCCACCACCACCGCCGCCUCCGCUGCCCGUGUCCAGGAGUUGCUCGGUGACUCUGAGGCUGCUCUACUGUCCGUCGUAGCUGAUUGGAGAUGGGUCCGAUAUCCUGCAUCCCUGUGGGCGGCGGCGGCAUUACUCCACGCGGCGGAAGGUGGUGCAGGCGCCAUCGCCGCCACUGCCUCGGUUUCCCAGGUGACCCACCACCUCAUUUCCCUCCUCCACGUUCCAAAGGGAAAGGUCGAAGAAUGUUAUCAGCUCAUCAUGGAAUCGAUGGUCUACGGUGGUGGCCUCUUCGGCCACAAGCGCAAGCAUUCCACUUCCUCUUCCUACUACAACGUCAACUACUCUUCCCCACAUAGUCCCAAUUGGGUGAUUGGUUCCUGCUUCAGUUGCAAGAGCUCGUCGAGCGGCGACGAUUCGUGGGCAACGCAUCAGCCCUCGGCGUCGCCUUCGCCGGAGAAUCGUCCUUCUAAGAAACUGCACCGCCAAGAAAGCCACUGGGAGUGAGGAGAUCGUAUAGCAUGCGGUCCUCGCUCCUGUUACGAUGUAAUUAUCAUGAACUAGCUGUUCCCAGGAGAUAUGGCAGCUCACUGCAUCCCGUGUCUGCUACUUCGGAGCAAUUUUGGUUGGGACUCAGGUGGCCGUGAAGCAGAAGAAAGGGGAGGGGAAAUGAGAAGAAGAUUCAGAGAUGCUGGCAUUAGCAUUGUUCGUUCCAUCUUUGUUCUGAAGAAUGUUGUUUUCAUCUGUAUGUUGAAGAAACACCGCACCCACUGCCAUCAUCCUCCCGACUAGUUGUUAUCCACCUCUCACUUCUCAUCAAUGCAUGUUCACUCCUCUCCCAUUACUGCUC